GUUCCUAGUAAUCUUCUAACCCUUUUGCCUUCUCUUUUGUUUUCUUAUUUCAUUUGAUUUCUAUCAUUUCUCUCUCUUGCUGUUUACUUUUCUAGAGAGAAAGUGAAAAACUUUAAGGUUUUGUUCUGAAUUUCUAUUGCGAAAUCGAGUACCCAAAUAUCAGCUUAGGUCGUUGAUUCUUGAAUUUAGACAGAGAUAUUUAUAUCUUAAUAUUGUCUUUGAGAUUUAUAUUAUGCUCUGUUCAUACACGAGUUCGAGUUUCGAAUCUGUGACAUUACUUUAGCUGAUUUGAUCUUGGGUUUUGAGGCUUCACUGAGCAAAGAAAGGGUAUGCUUUCUGCUUCGCUACUUUCAAUUCUAGGAUUUCAUUUUGGUGAUUUAGACGAGCUUGAUAAAAUCAAUGUUUUGAUCCUCUUGGUGUUUUAACAUCAAAUUGGAAGUUCUGGGUAUUGUUUGAAGCUUUAGAAUGGUUUAAAUUUGUGUAGUUUGGGGGAAAUUUUUUGAGUUUGCAUUGUUGGAGCUAGGUUAAGUUGUUUGCUGAAAUGGAUAACUCGAGGAACAGGCAAAAUGACCAUUUGGGUGUGAACAAGAUGGGGAAAAAUAUAAGGAAGAGUCCGUUGCACCAGCCCAAUUUUGUCAAUAAUAACACUAGGCAGCAGCCUCAGCCUAAGGUGUACAACAUUAACAAGAAUGAUUUUCGAAAUAUGGUUCAGCAGCUGACGGGUUCUCCGUCACAAGAACCUUUGCCUAGACCUCUCCACAACCCGCCUAAACCCCCAAGUAUGCGUUUGCAGAAGAUCCGUCCUCCACCAUUAACACCCAUAAACCGACCCCAGAUUCCCAUUCACAUGCCUGUUCCAGCUCAGGCCCCACCUCCCCACACAGCAGCUGUUCCUUACAGUAAUAACUUUGCUAGACCUGCUCAAUUUAAUCAACCUUCCCCUACAAUGUUGCUGCCGAUGACUCCCGGUGAUUCAGCUUGGCCUAACACAGCUGAGUCUCCUAUCUCAGCUUACAUGCGUUAUCUUCAAAAUUCAAUUAUGGAUUCAGGGCCAAGACAUACCCCAGCUCAACCUCAUCCUCAUCAUCCUCAUCCUCAUCCUCAACAUCAGCCACAAUCUCAAGCUCCAGGUCAAAUUCAAGCUCAGCCACUGUCACCCGGUUUACUUCCUAACCCACCUGUGCCGCCUCUCCCAUCACCACGAAUGAAUGGUCCUCCUCCACUUUUACCAUCUCCUACUUCUCAGUACCUUUUGCCAUCGCCUAGCGGUUUCUUGAAUUUGUUAUCUCCGCGAUCACCUUAUGCAUUGCUUUCUCCUGGUUAUCAGUUUCCUCCACCACUGACACCAAAUUUUUCUUUCUCUCCAAUGGCCCAGUCGGGGAUCUUGGGUCCUGGGCCUCAACCUCUGCCUUCUCCUGGCGGUGGAUUUCCAUUUUCUCCUUCAGGAUUUUUCCCCAUUACAAGUCCAAGAUGGAGGGAUCACUAGAUGUAGACAGAAAGCUGUUGACUAUAGGUGGUCCCAUGCUUGAUCCUCGGGAAGUACAUUCUUCAUGUUGACUUGUAAUCUUCACAAGGGACCUUCGCUUGUGAAAAUGUAAUGUAUACUGGCAGUGUUAGGGCCUCUUGGGAGUAUGUAGUUUUAUUUUUCACUGUUUUUCUUUUGUUUAUAACAAUAUCAAGGCUUGUUUUGGAAUGUGAAUUCUGUAGCAGCUGCAAUCUGCUCAUUUUAUGGAACAAGUUUUACUAGGUGAUUUAGUGAAGAUUGGAGAACUCAUCUGGACAAGUGGACAAAGUCGUAACAUGAAAGGAGGUAGGAUUACAGACACUAAAAUUCAAUAUGUAGGUUACCCACUGGAGGGUUUUAUUUUUUUGUAUUUUUAUUUUUGAUUUGUUUUGUUUUAUUGUAAUAUUGUGGAUGAAAUUUUAAUCAGUUCAAUUUAAAUAAUUCUUCAAA